CGACUGACUUCAACCUCUUCCGGUCGACUGCUGUACAUUUACCAAAAGCAUGGCCGCUAUCGGCGUACACUUUGGUUACACAUGUGCCUGUGUGGCAAUAUUUAAGGACGGAAGGGCGGAUGUAGUCGCAAAUGAUGCCGGCGAUCGAGUCACUCCUGUAGUUGUUGCCUUUCGGGACACUGAACAGAUUGUCGGAAUAGCCGCGAAGCAAGGCAGAAUAAGGAAUGCCGCCAACACCGUCGUCAAAGUUAAGCAAAUUUUGGGAAGAAGUUUUGAUGACCCAGAAGCACAGGCGCACAAAGCCGACAGCAAAUGCCCGGUUGUCAACAAAGGUGACAAGCCAAUGUAUGAAAUAGAUGUUGGAGAGGCCACCAAAUUUGUGUCACCUGAAGAAGUGGCAAAGUUAGUCUUCCACAAAAUGAAAGAAACGGCCCAGUCUGCUUUGGGGUCUGAUGUCAGUGAUGCUGUCAUCACUGUGCCUUUUGAGUUUGGAGAGAUGCAAAAGAAUGCCCUCCGGCUGGCUGCAGAAGAUGCCGGAUUCAAUGUUCUCAGGCUGAUUCAUGAGCCUUCUGCAGCCUUGCUGGCUUAUGGCAUCGGCCAAGACUCGCCCACUGGAAAGAGCCACGUGAUGGUGUACAAACUGGGAGGGACGUCCCUGACGGUGACGGUGAUGGAGGUGAACAGCGGGCUGUACAGAGUCCUGGCCACCCACACUGACCAUAGCACUGGUGGGGAAAGCUUCACUCGAACCCUGGCCCAGUAUCUCGCUGCAGAAUUUAAAAAGACCUUCAAGCAGGACGUGACGGGAAACCCCAGAGCCAUGAUGAAGCUGAUGAACAGCGCCGACGUGGCAAAACACACCCUCUCCACGCUGGGCAGCUCCAACUGCUUUGUGGACUCGCUGUACGAUGGCAUGGAUUUCGAAUGCAAUGUGUCCAGGGCCAGGUUCGAGCUCCUGUGUUCCUCCCUUUUUAAUAAGAGCAUCUUGCCCAUCAAAACCCUUUUGGAGCAAGUGGGUCUUUCCACAAGUGACAUCAACAAGGUGGUGCUGUGUGGGGGGUCUGCUCGCAUCCCCAAACUCCAGCAGAUGAUCCGGGACAUCUUCCCUGACGUGGAGCUCCUCAACUCCAUCCCCACGGACGAGGUGAUCCCUGUGGGUGCAGCCAUUGAGGCGGGCAUCUUGGUGGGCAGGGACACGUCCUCCCUGGAUGAGGACUCCAUCACGGUGGACUGCUGUGCCAAGGACAUCCUGGUCAAGGAGGCGGAUGAGUUUGGUGCAGAUGUGUACACGGUGGUGUUCCCCUCGGGCACGCCCCUCCCUGCCCGCCGACAGCACACCCUGCAGGGCCCAGGAAGCCUGUCUUCCAUCUGCCUGGAGCUGUACCAAUCGAAUGGCCAGAACUGCACCCCCCAGGAGAAAGUGGCAGAUAUUGUCCUCGGGAACCUAGAGCCGAAAGACGACCCCUGGGACAUUGUUACGGUCGUUACCAUGAAAAGGGACGGGUCCUUGCACGUGACUUGCACAGAGCAGGAGAGCGGCAGAUCCGAAGCGGUCACCAUCGCGGUUGCUUCUUGAGAGUGGUCCUCCUGUGUCCUCUGUGCAGGUGGUGGAUACGACCAUCACCAUCAUUUUCAGCUGUCAGGCCGACCCAGCAAACAUUGUUUGGCCUCAUCUGGGCAUCGUGACAGGGAACUCCUACUGUAUUUAAUAAAUAUUCCCAUUUUUCAGUAA